GGGAUAAGAUCUUUCCAGAGUAAUAAGCAUGGUUCGAGAACGAAAAUGCAUAUUAUGUCACAUCUUGUACAACUCAAAAAAGGAGAUGGAAGAACACAUGAGAAGCAUGCUUCACCACAGAGAACUUGAAAACCUGAAGGGAAGGGACAGCAAUCAUGAAUGCCGGGUGUGCAGGGUGACACUGGUGGGUUUGUCAGCAUAUGCCAAGCACAUCUCCAGCCAGCUGCACAAAGACAAUGUUGAUGCCCAUGACAGAAAAGAGGAAGAGAAAGAAGAGGCAGAAGAAGAAUACCUUGACAAAGAACUCGUUCAACUAAUCAAGCAAAGGAAGGAACGGAACCGGCAAGCUGAACCAAGCUGUGCAAACCAAGAAUUAGAAUGUGAUGAUAGGAGAACACAGAGAAGGCGAGAAGAAAGAACUACUUACAAAGAAAGAGAAGCUUAUGAUCAGUCAUCGUGGCAUCAUCAUAACGCAUUACAAAGGGACUGGAAGUGGGAAAAGGAUGAUUAUAUUAGUCCUAGACAAGGCAAAUUUUCACACUCUCAGAGGAACCUUAAUAUAAACAGGCAUUCAGGUGGCCCAAGGGGACGCUCUGGGUGGCACCAAAAUGUUUCAGGAAGGUCUUCAAAUCGGCAUAACUAUGGGAAUUCUGGAAAUGUUUGGCAUCCAAAUGGGCGGGGAGGAGGAACAUCAAAUUGGCAUCACAGUGCUAGGGAGAGAAAUUCUACUUGGCACUCAGAAGGAACAGGUCAUUUUUCUAGCUGGAAUUUGAAGAGUUAUGGAGGAAACUGGAAAUCUAGUCCUCAUGGUGCAAAUGGCUGGAAUUUUGGAAGCUCAGGAGAGACAUACUCAGUAGAACCAAUUAAAUAUAAUAAGGAAAGAUAUGCAUGGCAGCGGCAGGAGAAAGACACUGAAGUUCCACCAUACAGAGAUCGAAAAAAUAGGAGUGACUUGCUUGAUUUUACUAGUGAUAAACUUCCUUCUGAGGGGGCAUUGGAUUUUGGUACAUCGAAGCAACUAGAAAGCAAAACUUCCAGAGCCAAUGGAAAAAGUGGCAAUCCUUCCAGAGAUAAAAUGUAUCGCUGGACUCCUUACCCAUCCCAGAAAGCUGCAGAGCAGCAACCACAGUCUGAAGAUAAUGUUUCUAAAACUCCAGAUAAAAUGGAUUCUGUAUUUAUGCCUCUUACUGAUUCUUCAAUGAAAGGAAAAACUUGUGAAGCCAAUGUUAGCCUUUCAAAACUUAAAAAAUGGGAAGCAUCUUCCCCUUCUAAUGUAACCUCAUAUCACCUUGAUUCUUGCAAGGUAAUGAAAGACACUUCCAGUGUUGAAAAGCCUGACAAAGAUGAUGGCAGAAGUAAUAGGAUGCCACCACUGAAAUCCCCUCUUCUGAAUAUCACAGAUAUGAAGUUAUCUUCCCCAAAGCAAGACGCAAACAGUCUCUUAAAAAAUAUUAAGCUUCUGUUAUCUUCAACUAGUGGCAAAGAGCAGAAUCAUUUGAAUGCACUGAACUUGGAAACAAACAGUUUCUCCUCUUAUUCAUCAAAGCUGCAUGGUGCGUGUGCUGGUAACUUACAAGACAAUAAAGAUGUGCUUGCUAGCAAUCUCGGAGAGCCUGUUAAUAACUUAAGUGAAGCAGAACAAAACCCCAAAGAUGUUCAGUCCAACCGUUCCUUGCAAAACGCUCCCUUAAGCUCUUGCAAGGAUACAAGUGACCAGAAUAGGGAAGAAACUGGGAAAGCAUUGCCAAAGAAUGAGUUCAGACUAGAUUCAUUAGAAGAUGUGAGCGAUGAUGAUUUAACAGGAAGUGAGAAGUCAGAAGCAAAAGUUGAAAAGUUGGGUUCUUCUGUUAGUCCUUGUUUACCCUGUGACACUCCAGAAGGUAAACCUGCCACCUCUGAAAAGGAAGAUGAUGAAAAGCCAGCUGCUUCAAAUAUUUCUUCUGCUGAUCUAAAAGAUUCUACAUUUCAGAUGGAAUCCACAGUUUCUCCAUCAAGCAGUCAGGACCAUUUGCAUGUGGAUUUGAAAACCUCCUCACAGGAUGGAGAAGGGGAUGAAGAGCGUGUCAAGUCACAUGAUCACUUUGAAAUGGAAGGUUUUGAAAAUCCUUCAGAUCAUGAGCUGCAAAAAGGAGGAAGCCAGUCACUAGGCCUUCUUCCUGAUUUAAGCAAACUUGGCCUCCCUGCCUCUCUGCAAAGAGACCUGACACGACAUAUUAGUCUGAAGAGCAAAGUCGGGACGCAUCUUCCAGAGCCCAAUCUCAAUAACGCACGGCGCAUUAGGAAUGUGAGUGGCCAUCGGAGAAGUGAGACUGAGAAGGAGUCGGGGCUUAAACCCACCCUCAGGCAGAUUCUUAGUGCUUCUCGCCGAAAUGUAAACUGGGAUCAAGUCAUCCAGCAGGUAACCAAGAAGAAACAGGAACUUGGCAAAGGUUUACCAAGGUUUGGCAUAGAAAUGGUGCCUCUUGUUCAAAAUGAGCAAGAGGGUCUAGAACUUGGUGAAGAAUCUGAUCUGUCUACUCUGGAAGGAUUCCAGUGGGAAGGGAUUUCCUUAGCAGUGCCUGGCUCAACCAGAAAACGUAGCUUUUCUGAAAGCAGUGUCAUUGCAGACAGAAAUCCUUCUGCGUAUAGCUUCUUCAGUGAACAAGCCAAAAUAAAUGAAAGUGGGCAAAGGCAAAUAAUUGCAGCCAGCCACUCACAUCACAUAACAUCUGGGUGUGAGGCAAGCACUGACAUUGAGGCUGACUUGAAACGGGAGACAUCUUCUCUUCCUUUGUCACCAUUUAUGUCUGAAAGAACUGAGACUAGUGGAAGGAGACACAGCCUACAGGCCACCUCUGAGGUCACAGGCCUCACAAAACAAGACCAGGAGAGCUCAGAGAAAAGAACACCUCUUCUUGAAAAACAAAAUGUACUAGAAAUCUCAGAAGAAAAUUGUCCAGCUUCAAAUAAUGCUUCACUUCUUGCAGUGUCUAAUAACAUAGAUGCAGCUACAGACAGUAGCUGCACAUCUGGUACUGAGCAGAAUGACAGCCAAGGAAUUGGAAAGAAACGAAGAGCAACUGGAGAGGGAUCUUCUCCUGAAAUCCCUAGUCUAGAAAGAAAGAAUAAGAGAAGAAAAAUCAAAGGUAAAAAAGAACGUUCUCAGGUAGACCAGUUGUUGGCUAUAUCGCUGAGGGAAGAAGAGUUAAGCAAGUCCCUGCAUAGUGUGGACAGCAGUCUCUUGCAGGCUAGAGCUGCCUUGCAGGCUGCAUAUGUUGAGGUUCAACGGUUCCUUGUAUUAAAGCAACAGAUAACCAUGGAAAUGAGUACGCUGAGAAGUCAGAGAAUCCAGAUCUUGCAGGGGCUACAAGAAACGUAUGAACCUUCUGAACUGUCAGAGCAACUUUCCUGCAGUGUCUUAAGUGAGAGAAGAAAUAGCAAAUCUCAGAUAGCAGCUGACUUAAUUCCUGCAGGCUCCUUCCUGCCCCUUUUGGACACUUUGUCGUCUUCUGUAGCUCCACUGGGAGCUUCUGUUCAUGUAAACAUGCCAUCACCAUUCCAGUCUUCUGGCAUCACAUCCGCCACUCCUCCUGACUCCUCAGUACAAGUUAAACAGGAACCUCUCUCUCCAAAAGGCUCAGAAGAAAAUGUGAAUUCUGUACUCCAGAGCUCUCCAUGUGCUUCACGAGCAGAAGAGGUAGAGCAGAAGGAUGAAGAGACCAACCAGAAAACUUCAGUGUAUCCAGUUAUCACUGCAACUAUAUCCCUAUCGGAGCUGGCAGCUUGUUUCCAACACACUAAUCAAGAUGUUCAUAAGCCUGCUGUGGACAGGGGAAAGGCUGGACUUCCUGAGAACCCUUCUCCUCAUUCACUGUCUGUUUUCAGCAAGAGAGAAGCAAAUGAUACAGUGACUGAAAGCUUUUUACUGGAUCAGUGUAGCAUUUCUCUUCCAAAGCAUUCAGUCCUUCUAGAAAUGCCAAUGGAUAAAACUCUCAAGUUGUCAGCAGAACCGUCCGAGCAACAGACGGCAACCGCUGUAGUCCCAGCAGACAAAGGGAACAAGAGGAGGAGAAAGUUAAGGAAGAAGAAAACUCUGAGGGCAGCCCAUGUGCCAGAGAACAGUGAUACAGAACAGGAUAUAACUGACUGUAAGCCUGUCCGGAAAGUCAAGGGUGGAAAGGUUCCUAAAGGAGAAAAAGUUACUACAUCCACUCCUCCAAGACAGGAGAAUGGAGCUACUGCUCAAACAGCAAGAAACAAAGAUGAGAAUGACAGUGAUGCUUCUCUGGAACUACUGGAAGUUCCAGCGCCCCAGUGUGAGGUGGUUGACGUUGGUUCAUCAGAGUCGGGAGAUGAGAAACCAGACAGUCCAUCAAAGAGGAAUUCACGCAGCUCUGUGGAUCAGGCAGUCCUAGAGGCAUCUUGCUCUGGUUAUGAUGAAGUGAGCUCCACCAGUGAGAUUGGCACAAAUUAUAGGGAUGAUGGGAAAAGAAGCGCGGCUGAGAUGCAGACUUCCAUAUCAUCACUAAGAGGAUCAAAGAACUCAUCAGAAGUGUCUUCGGAGCCAGGUGAGGAUGAAGAACCUACCGAGGGAAACUUCGAGGGACACCUGGCUGCAGUGAAUGCUAUUCAGAUUUUUGGGAAUUUGUUGUAUACCUGCUCAGCAGACAGAACUGUUCGUGCCUACAAUCUGGUUAGCAGGAAGUGUGUGGCUGUCUUUGAAGGACAUACUUCAAAAGUGAACUGCCUCCUGGUCACUCAGACAAAUGGGAAGAAUGCUGCACUCUACACUGGCUCAAGCGACCACACUAUCAACUGUUACAAUAUCAAGACCAGAGAGUGCAUGGAACAGUUUAAAUUGGAAGAUCGAGUGCUCUGUUUACACAGUAGAUGGCGGAUCCUUUAUGCAGGCCUUGCAAAUGGCAAUGUGGUUACUUUCAGCAUAAAGACCAACAAGCAGGUUGAUACCUUUGAAUGCCAUGGCCCUAGAGCGGUGAGCUGCCUAGCCACAGCUCAGGAAGGAGCACGCAAGUUGUUGGUAGUGGGCUCCUAUGACUGCACCAUCAGCGUGCGAGAUGCACGGAACGGGCUGCUUCUCAGAACCCUGGAAGGUCACAGCAAGACUGUACUCUGCAUGAAGGUUGUGAAUGAUCUGGUAUUCAGUGGCUCCAGUGAUCAGUCUGUCCAUGCCCACAACAUUCAUACUGGAGAGCUGGUACGGAUCUAUAAAGGCCAUAACCAUGCAGUAACGGUUGUGAACAUUCUUGGGAGAGUGAUGGUGACAGCAUGUCUGGAUAAAUUUGUUCGUGUUUAUGAACUACAGUCGCACGACCGCUUGCAAGUCUAUGGAGGCCACACAGAUAUGAUCAUGUGUAUGACCAUCCAUAACAGCAUGAUCUACACUGGAUGCUAUGAUGGCAGUGUCAGAGCUGUGAGGCUUAAUCUGAUGCAGAAUUAUCGUUGCUGGUGGCAUGGAUGUUCAUUGAUCUUUGGAGUUGUGGACCAUCUGAAACAACACUUGCUAACUGACCACACCAACCCAAAUUUUCAGACCCUAAAAUGUCGUUGGAAGAACUGUGAUGCUUUCUUUACUUCCAGGAAAGGUUCCAAGCAGGAUGCUGUAGGACACAUUGAAAGACAUGCUGAGGAUGACAGCAGGAUUGACUCAUGAAGCUUUUCACCUCCCACAUUGGGAAGUAAUUUUAUAUGUCAGAAUUAUUCCAAGUAACAUCAAUUUCUUACUCCAGUCUUUCCUCUUUCUUUUCCCACUUGGAAUGCAAAAAUGGAGUGGGGCUGAAAUGCCUUGCUAUAGAGACUGCAGGUUGUGUUGCACUCUGUAGAAAUAAGGCUGGUCAAUUAAGACAUGGCCCAAAUGGAAGAUUCUUGCAAGUUUUUAAUUCAUUGGCAGAUAAGAAUAUUCCCUCCUCUUGUCUGCCUUGGUUUUUUGUUCUUUGUUUUUUCUGUUUGCUUUUUGUUUUGUUCUGUUUCUUAAGAAGCAUAGUCUGAGAGUCUCUGGGAAGUCCAGAGGGGUGUUGAGAACUUAGAUUACAAUAGGUGCUGGCGUUUGCAAACUCAGCUUGAAGCCUUUUAAGUGUCUAAGACGUGUCUGUUUUCAUGUUGUAUCCAAUUUUUUUAGCUGAUUUUAAUAAAAUUCUGCAAACCAGAAUAUCACAAAUUCUAACAGUGUAACAUUGUAUACACAGUGUACAUUUUGACGUCCUUCAUAAAAAGAAAAGGUAUUUUAUGGAGAACUGGAAUAAAUUAAUUUUUUUAAUGUUAAUUGUAACUUACUUUUUAUUCCUUAUGUAAAAAUUGCUAUAACUGGCACAAUAUAUACAGUGACAGGCUGCCCUAAAUACUGUACCUCAUGAAGUAUUUUGUUUAUUUGGAGGAAAGCCGUUAUUUCUUGAGAGGUAUGCCAGUAGCAGCAAAACAGCCAGAACAGCGGCUCCACUCAACGUGCUUUGCAAUCUUAGUUUAAAUAUAGGUCCUCAUGUACAGGAAAGAAGUAAGUGGUGUCGGCUUUUGUUUUAUUAAAUACCAGCAUAACCACUGCUAUCUUGAUACAACACCAUAGUCGGAUUCCUGAGUUUAUUUGGAAUCUUAGUGACUGAGCUUUGCGGUCCUAUAUCUUCAUGGCAUAGCAAACUAAGAGAAAUGCAAAGGCACUGCCUGUCUAAGUGCAUCCACUUAGGUAGUAUUUUGUUUCUGUUGUGAACUGGCUUAAUUGGCUUGGGCUAUAUCAAGUUGACAAAACCUCAACUGGAAAGAAUGGAGCAGGAUUUUAAAACAUUUUAAAAUCUAAAGUUCUCAAGCAGAAGCUGAGGACACAAAAUGCAUAUCACAUGUAAAAGUCUUGUUUCUGCUAAUGCACAGAAGGUACCACAGAGAAGCCAGUGCAGAGGGGAAGACUGUUUCUACUUGUCAGGGUUCCUCUGCAGGUGUCCCUUGGGGUGGAAAACUUUACCCGUGAAGUCAGUGAAAUGUACUUCUUGCAUUUGCGGUCCUCUCUCCCAUAACGACACUAACUUAGCAAAGAGCUCUCUUAAACAAUGAGACUAAUCUAGUAAGGAGCUUUGUGUUCACUUUUGCCUAGCUUGCUGCUCAGGAUAAAAAAAGCAGUGGUUUCCUUAAACUGUAACAGAAGGUCAACACAGCCUAGUGUCAAAACUGAGCUGCUUAUAAAUGAAUCCAGCGCUGUUCAAACAAACUGAAUGUUCUAUUUUUACUGUAUUUAUUUUAGCAUCUCUUUCGCCACUACUUUGAGGCUUGGUGUGCCAACCGUAGACCAAGUAAGUUUUAUAGCCUCAUCCUUUGACUACGAAGAAGCCUUUUUAGGCCAAGAAAGUGAUUGAGGGAAGCCCAUGGAUGUUCCAGUCUGCCAUCAAAUCAAGGAACUUCAGGGCCUUCUCUGAAGCACGCUAUUUUUGUAUUGCCUUAGCGGACAAGCAUAAUUUCUCUGCAAUUGCUUGACAUUGAUGAUUUUUUGUGAGACGGGAGUAAAGUAGGAAUGAGAUGCAGUGGCAUCCUACUUCAAAGACUUGUGAAUCUCUGAAGUUCCAAUGUUUAGCGGUGAUUUGUUUGGGGUUUUUUAUUAAGCUGUUCGUGGACAGGAAAAAAACCCAGUAUGUGGCUCAGACCCCAGGCUGUUUUGAGGGUGUUUUUGUUUUGGCUUUUGGGGGGUGUGUUUGUAGUUUUGUUUGGUUGGUUUUUUGUUUUUUUUUUUCCUUUCUGUGGUCUGUGGAUGAAGCAAUUCAAGAGAGAAUCAAGUUUAGGGAAAUCUCUGAGCAGUGUAAAUGUUUCCUGAUGCAGGCUGUAUUGCUCUAGAGUCUCCGAGAGUAUGUGGUUUUUUAUGACUUAAGCAGAAUACUGCGUAAUACUUAAACCAUUUCCGAAAUUAUUGAUGUUCAAGAGUUUUUCUGGGUUUUUUUUGAACCACAAUGAGGGAGCAUGUAAAAGUAUGGCAUAAACAAUGUGAACGUCUCAAGCUGUCCUUCAUGGACUGUGCUUGAAGUGAAGCUGUGGAGGUGUGUGUCCUGAGGACAAGCAUGUGGAGUGAUUGUAGCAUUCUGAAAAAUGGCGUGUGAGAGUAGGUUUUGUUACUUCUUCCUUGUGAUUCUUCACGUUCUUUCAACUGUUUUCAGGAACAUAUAAAGAUCUUUCUCACUAGGUGUUGCAACAAACAAAGUUAUUACACUUUGUUUGCAUUCCUGAUUGCUUGUUGGGUUUAUCUUUUCUAGUUGGUGGAAGCAGACUUCCUUUUCUUGUAGUCCAUGACAUUUCCUUAUCUGUCCUUGAAAACAGUCCUGAAAAGUCUGGACUUCUGAAAUCCAGCUUUAGCUUUAGCAGUGGUGUCUUUUGCUACUUUGUAGGUCAUUUCAGAUAUAUUGUAAGAAUCUUAAAAUGGAUAAGAGUCAGGAAAAUAGCAGAGCUGCAUGAGUGUUUAUAAAAUUUUGCUUCAUAAAUUAAAAACAAUUUUAAAAAUUGCUCAGGGGUUCAGAGGAAAAUGCUGUGCUGCUUUGUCCUGAGAAUAUCUUAAAAGGAUUUGCUAUGAAGUUGUUGUACAUCUGUGGAAAUCCCCAGGCUUCUCUGGAGUUCUGUGGCAAGGUUUCCUGUUUGUUCAGCUGGAAUUAGGUGCAGCUUUCGCUAAUGGCCGUUCACUUCUUCCAGAGGUGGUUGCAGAAGAGGGGUGGUAAACUAAUGUAUUGGCUUGGUAGCCAUUAAUGAGAUCCUCUCCGGUCUUGCAGCUUAGGGUUUUGACUCCUGAUAUACCUCCGGUCAAAGAGUGUAAUAACUUUGGGAAGGCGGACUAUUUGUAAUAUUUAACGGAGUAAUAUUUGCGUGAAAAGCAGUACUGCACAUCUGAAGCCUGUUUCAGGACUAUUUUUGUUUUCCAUUUGUUUCUUAUGCAAGUAAAAAGUUGUGAGUGGAAGAGUGAGUAAGGUGAGGGUUUAUUUUGUGGUUAGCUGUGUUUAUUUUAUUAGUCAAAUGUUAAAUAAUGAGCUCUGGACUUGGUAUACGGCUGACUAAAAAUGGUAGGCUCUUUGGGGGGCAAGCGACCGUUUUCCUUUUAGCAGGACUGGCAUUGGGCUUAUUAAGCUAUGAAACUUCUCAACGGACAGAGUACAGUGCUCAGAGGUAUUAUGGUCUUUUAUGAUCUAAAGAAUGGGCCAGGUGCUACUGAAACUGCUUAAAUCCUUCUUUUCAAAAGCAUGAGAACUUGUUGCACCAUGGGCAUACCAAGCCCUGCCUGAGCUCCAAAAGGAGGGCGUGAGUAGCAUAAAAUGAUCACUUGAAGUUCACAUGUGCUGCAAAGCUUAACCUUCCCCAACCCCGAUAACCUCACAUGUAUUGAAUGAUAAGACAAUGCUAGGAUUGGUCUGUAUUUGUUGCUCCUUUUUCCUUCAAAUCACAGGGAAAAAUAAGUUAACUGACAGUGCAAAAUACUUUAUGGUCUAACGCUGCUGCUUCUGUACGUGGAAAGGGCCAGAGAGAAAACUGCUGCAUCCGUUGGUACAAAGAUGCAUUAAAUAUCCCAGCUUCUGCUUGCCUUGUGUCACUUCUGUGUGGAUUGCAGACUUUAAACAUAUUGUCAGCACACGAGCUGACUUCUGCAAAACAGCAGGAGUUUGGCUGUGCGGUGUGUUUGAAGUAGUGCAGUUCCUAACGCACGCUUUCAAACUGUACAACAAUGCCAGAUCAAGGUAAACGAUAACUGAAAACUCACAGUAAACUGUAGGUUCCCAGAAACAAAAAUGUGGUGUUGAGAAAAUAUUUUUCCCUUCUUUUGUAUUCGAACACAGGUACGGAUGAAUCUUGGUUUUCAGGCUUGCAUGGUACAAGACUGUAUCAUUCAAACAGUCUAAGUUGUCCAGAGUUCCAGAGUAUGUGAGGAAGGAUAAGGAAACAGUUUCAGCUACUGUUUGUAAAAUAUUUAAUAGUGAAAGUAAAGAGCAAACUGUGUAGGUAUAUAUUCUGUUAUAUGCACCUGCCAGCUUCUCAAAUUUCAUUUUGCUUAAGUGUUAAACAGUCUUUUUGAAGAAUGGAAGUGGAAUAAAACAACAUGAGUGAAUAUUUAAUAACUUAAGCUGUGUAGAACAUGUGC